CAAGAAUCAGAUUCAACUUUGACUUCUCUUCCAACCGCAGGUCAUUUGUUUUUAGUCCGGCAAAACGCUAAAAAUAUCCGGCUAAACUCAUUGAUUAUCGGAUUAAUUAUUAAAGAUAAAAAAAAAAAAACAAUGGAUAAUCCACAAAUUAAAUAGUUCAUCGACUAUAUUUUCCAUUUGAUACUUUUUAAAAUUGAUUUGAAAGAAAAUGGCUGAAAUCAACUUAGCCCUCACUAAAGAAGGCUGGUACCUUACAGACGAAGGAAUAGAGGAGUUGAAAGGCACUUCUGAGAACCCCUCAGCUAAUUACAUUAUUCGCAUUGCACUCAAUAGUGACCUGAGGCCUAUUGGCAGGAAGUUUCUCCCUGCGGACAUCAACAGUGGCCGGGUGGAGAAGUUCAAACACCUGUCCCAGAUCAGCCUGAACACCCCUCCAGGAACCAAGGUGAAGGUCCUUGGUACGGUCCAGGUGAAGAAUGGCAUUCUGCUUCUGGACGACUCCAAGAUCUCCGUCCUCGGAGGGGAGGUCGACCACAUGAUGGAGAAAUGGGAACUGCAAAGGAGCUUGGCCAAACACAGCAGGAGUAACAUCGGACGAGAAGGUGGAGCCCCUCCCUUCGUGCCCUUCGGACAGAAGUGUGUAAGGAAUGAGGAAGUGGACUCCAGAGAGCUGGACACCAGGAAGACUCUGGUCAGCACCAGUGUGGUGAAGACGGCUGACGAGAACGAAGAGUUUGAGAAGCAGAGCUGUGCCAUCGCUGAGGUGGCCAAGAACAAAGAGGGAACUCGGACGUUUGGAGGCGGAGGCAAUGCUGGCGGGAACCUCGUUAAUACAGGCGGUCGGGACCGACGAGGAGGAGGAGACCGAGGAGGAGACCGACGAGGAGGAGGAGACCGAGGAGACAGGGACUCGUACCGGCAGAGACGAGAGGAGAGGACGGAGGAGUCCAGCCGUCCAGAAGGAAACUACAGAGAGCUCGGGAGUUACCGGGAACAACCAAACUACCGGGAACUAGGAAAUUACCGCGAGCUGGUGGAUGAGCGGGCCCUAAGGGACAUUAUGGAGAUGGGGUUUGAUAAGGAGGAUGCUCGUCAGGCCCUGAUGGACAACAACAACAACAUGGAGGUGGCUCUCAACAGUCUACUGACGGGGACCUUCAAACCCCCCACCCCCGAGGAACCCAGCAGACCCCCACCCAGAGCAGACAGAGGAAGGGGUCGUGGCCGGGGUCGGGGUCGGUCCAGUAGGUUUGGGGGUGAGGAUGAGGAGGAGGGAGCAGGAGGAAGACCGUCAGGACCCAGCACUCUGUUCGACUUCCUGGAGUCCAAGAUGGGGAGCUUCUCCCUACAAGAGCCAAAGAGCCAGUCCUCCCAAAGGCAUCACGAGGGUAAGAUGACGUUCCCUCCUAACAGCCAGUCCCAGGACAGGUACCCCCAACGCAGCGACAGCCGUAACGACUGGUCCAGGAACGACAGAUCACGGAAGGAGAGGAACGACAGAUCAGACUUCAGGAACGACCGGAACGACCGACCACCUCGUUUCCAGAGAGAUAGUGACAAGGAUUUCCCUAAACCUGGCCACGACCCCUCCAUCGCCACAUCCACCCCUUCCCCAGCCCCAGCUCCAGCAGGGAGCCGGCAGGGCCAGGAGAGAGCCCAGGACAGAGGCCAGGAAAGGGGCCAGACACAGGAGAAGGCCCCUCCUGGAGGUGGAGGAGGGUCAGAGAGGUGGAGAGAGGCCCAGGACAGAGGCCGGGAAAGGGGCCAGACACAGGAGAAGGCCCCUCCUGGAGGUGGAGGAGGGUCAGAGAGGUGGAGAGAGGCCCAGGACAGAGGCCGGGAAAGGGGCCAGACACAGGAGAAGGCCCCUCCUGGAGGUGGAGGAGGGUCAGAGAGGUGGAGAGAGGCCCAGCAUGAGAGACAAACAGCCAGGGAGGCCAGAGGACAGACAUCAGUGUUCUGCCCUGCUGCUACGUACCCUGCCCCCGGCCAGCGGAACAGAGAACCCAGAGACGGAACCCAGGGGAUUCUUCUGGUUCUAGAACCUUCCAGCAGGGGAUCAGAGUAGGUUCUAGUUCUGGUUCCGGAGGGUUCCAGAACCAAAGUCGGAGAGAGCAGCACUCGGUACCCGAUCUGUCGUUUAAUAAGAGAGGAGGAGGAGGAG